AUGCGGACGCCUGCAGCCGCCUGUGCAGCCGCCGCGACACUGCUUACGGGCACCGUCGCGGCAUCCUCGCUGACCCCGCCCGUGCUGCCACUCACAGUGCGCACCCCGUACAUGAGCACCUGGCUGCAGAAUGCCAGAGACGAGCCGUGGAGCAAAUGGCCCAUGUUCUGGACCGGCGACGAGAUCGGCUUCUCGCUGCUUGCGGCCGUGCCCGAGACGCACACCGUCUACCCGCUGCUGGGUCGCGCGCAGGACUCCCUGGACCCGAGUGGACACGGAGAGGGGUACGACGUGUCGCGGGCCGUCUACAAGGGCGCCAAAUACGAUGCUUCGACCACCAACCUGACCUACGCCAUCCCCGCGCCCUCUCACGACCACGAGCCGCUGGAGCUGGUGCUGUCCUUCCUGUCGCCCAUCACUCCGACGUCGACCCUCCGCCAGUCCAUUCCCGCCUCGUACGUGUCGGUACAUGUCACCGGAACAUUCAAUGUCGAUGUGUACAUCGACGUGAACGGGCAAUGGGUCAGCGGACACCGCGAUGCUCGCAUUGUGUGGGACUUCGCACACAACGCGCUCGAUGACAAACACCGCCUCAAGACUUUCAAGGUCACUCGCGAGGAGGAGCUGCUCUUCACCGAGAACCGUGGUGGCGGAAACGCCCAGUCUGAGUGGGGUUCGCUGUACUUCACGGCGCCUUCGGAUGUUCGCCACGAGUGUGGCACUUCUGCCAUCCUGCGACAGCGCUUCUCCAAAACCGGAACGCUGGAGAAUGAGGUCGAUGGGGACUUCCGCAGCAUCAUGGAUGAGGAGCCUGUCUUCGCUUUCGCCAAGUCCUUCAGCCUUUCCGGAAACAGCUCUGAGCCCUCCACCGAUAGCGUUUUGUUUACUCUGGCCCACAUCCAGGACCCUGUCGUUCAGUAUGCCUCCGCACGGGGCCUGACGUACAUGCGUCCUCUUUGGAAGUCGUGGUUCGGCGAUGUGGAAGAAUUGCUGACCUACCACUUCCUCGAUUUCGACAAUGCCGCAAAGCUUGCCGCCGACUACUCGGCUCAGCUUGCCGUUGAUGCCUGGGAGUCCGGCUCCGACAACUAUGUUGACAUCGUCGCUCUCAGCGCUCGUCAGGUCAUGGGUGCCACCAGCUUCUCAGGAACGCCCGAAGAGCCCCUCUUGUUUUUGAAGGAAAUCUCAUCGAAUGGAAAUUCCCAGACCGUGGACGUUAUCUUCCCGGCUUGGCCAUUCUUCUUGUACACGAACCCCCGCUGGGGUGCGUGGCUGCUCGAGCCGCUCCUUGAGCACAUGAACAGCGGACAGUACCCGAACGACUACUCGAUGCAUGACCUGGGCGCGCACUUCCCCAACUUGACUGGUCACGCCGAUGGCAACGACGAGUACAUGCCCGUCGAAGAAUGUGGAGAUAUGCUUAUCAUGGGCUUGUCCCUCGUCAAUUCGCUCACGUAUGGCGCCAGUGACCAGUCUCAAUCCAUCUGGUCCACUAUGGGUAGCUCGGACUAUGAUGAGGAUGCCCUGAACCCAUUCGCUCUCACUACCAGCGAGUUCCAGGGAAUUGAGCACAUUGACAACACUUGGGGCGGUAGCACGAAGGGUGCCAAGCAGGCGCAGAAGUGGCUUAGCAAGAGCUACAACCUGUGGAGACAGUGGAGUGGUUACUUGGUUGAGUUCAGCUUGGAGCCGCAUAACCAACUCUCCACCGACGAUUUUGCUGGCUGGUUGGCGCUGCACAGCAACCUUGCUCUCAAGGGCAUUGUUGGCAUCAAGGCUAUGAGCGAGCUCGCAGCAACCAUGGGCAACGACGCAGACGUCAAGUACUACCAGAACGUCUCGGAUGUCUACAUUGAGAAGUGGCAAGAAUUCGCCAUUUCGCGCGACGGCACCCACGCCAAGCUGGCAUACGACUGGUACGGAAGCUGGACGACGAUUUACUCUCUUUAUGCCGACUCGCUCCUGUGCUUCCAUCCUACAAUCACCAACACCAGCUCCGCCACUGCCGACGGCGACGACGACGAUGUCGUUUCCAACCAGAAGGGUGGCUCGCAAGAACCCCUUCAUCCAGACACGCGCCACCGCCACUCGGGCUCCCGCAAGCCCAUCACGUCAGACUUCAUCCCGCACCACGUCUAUGAGAUCCAGUCUAAGUGGUAUGCCGCGGUGAUGCAAAAGUACGGACUCCCGCUCGACUCGCGGCACCUGUACACCAAGUCCGAUUGGGAGUUCGAGGCCGCGGCCGUGACAUCUCAGAAGACGCGCGCCGACAUCCUCGACCGUGUCGCCACCUGGCUCAACGAGACCGCCACUGAUCGCCCGUUCUCGGACUUGUACAAGACCGAGGAGGAUGGCGGGUUCCCGAACCCGUUCUUCUUCGCCAGACCAGUGGUCGGUGGUCACUUUGCGUUCUUGGCGCUCGAGAGAGCGUGUGGCGGCACAGGGAUGAACCCUUUCUUAGCAUGGGAGGAGUAA